AGAUUUUUUUGUUUGUUUGUCGCAGCUGUGGUUGCGGUUUAGCUGAAAAGGCAGCAUUUUUAUUUUGCUGACUAUUACAAUAUUCUCACUGUGACUUUAUUAGACGCCUCAUAGCAUAGUCCCAUAGGAUUCAAGAAAGACAUAAAAAUGGGCCAAAAAAAAGCACCCAAACCCAACGCCUACUCAAUGUUCGUGCAGGACUUGCAAAAGCAGCACCCCCAAAAGUAUCGCAAAAUGCAAGACGCCUUCGAAUCGGCAGCACCUUUGUGGGCAAGAAUGUCAGCAGAACAGCGCAAGCCUUACGAAGACAGAGCUAACAGAAUAAAAGGUUCAUCUCAACGUUUUACAUCCCAGGGAGUCGAUUUGCGCAUCUUGAACGCCGAAGAACAAUCACGAACUGAAGCGGAGAAAACUGAACGCGAAGAAGUCCAACAGGUUAUUGGUUUAGCAAGUCGAAGGGGAACCUUGGCCAAUGAAACCUUUUUCAUAAUACACUGCAACAUAUUCUGUCACUAUCCAAACAUGAAAAGAUAUUACGGAGCAGAAAUUGCUGUAGUUUGUUUUAAUCUCAAAGACGGCGUAAAACCUGGAAACGUUUUCCAUUUUAUGGUGAAACCAGGUCCCUUACCAAUGGGUUAUAAGUUUGACGCCCAACAACACUCAGAUAAUACUCAUUGUAUUCCAAUCCCAACAGACGAUGACGAAGAAGAUAAUACUAUGGAAAUUUAUUACGCAUUAAAAUCUUUCCUUCAGAAAAAAAAUCAAGGCGGACCUAAUUUGCCAAUAUUAUACGCUAGCAGUAAAAAUGUUAAAGUAGUUAAAGGCAUGUUGGACUAUUGGGCUGGAUGUGACGAAGAUGAAGAUCAAACAUUUAGAGUUUAUGAUUUACAAAAAAUGUUCUUGGAAUUGAGAAAUGCUUGCGCAGGUGAAAUGGUUUGGAGUUCACUUACGUUUAGCGACCGCGAAUUAGAAAAAGACGUUUAUGAUUAUACAGACGAAAUUGCUUGCGAUUUUCACGCAAAGACUCCUAAAACUGUAUAUUGCAGCAAAUCACUUGUCACGCGUUAUGUUUAUAUUGUAUGCGAUAAUUGCAUUAGCGAUUUAGGAAUUGAAUUUAUUUGUGGGCAACAUGUACCAAAGAAAAGUACAAUUCCGCAAGAUAAAGCCUGUGGUUGGAGCGGGGCUAGAGAUUCUGUGGCAGGUAGUAGCUUAAGGGACUUUGACACAGAUUUUGAUUCAAGUUCAAUGGCUGAUACUUGGGAAAAAAGUUCAGUGAGGAGCACAUCGACUGUGGUUUCUCAUUUUGAUGACGAUUUUCCUUCUUUGGGGCAGAGACAGAGGCGCAAUAAUAAUAGCAACGCUUCAGAGACCAAUGUGUCGGCUUCCAGUAGUAGGAGCUAUGCUGGAGUCACCACAAUAAAUACUCCUCAAUCAUUUUUGAGAGACAUGUCCCACUUGUCCUUACAAGGAGGUCCAAGUUCGUCUGCAGGUAUGGGCAGAGGCUUUAGAAGAAGAGAAGAAGACUCUGAUAUGUCUUCGCUCAUUUCAGGUGGUUCGAGAAGUUUGGCCAGCGUUGGCUCUGAUCACUUGGGGGCAGGAAAAGGCAGAGGUUUCAGACCAAAAAAUAUUCCCAGACCUGGACAAUAAUUUUUAUUUAUUUUUUGAUGGGCCAAUAAUGUGCUUUAUUUUUUUUAAAAUUAUUUUAGAACGCUUAUGUAUCUUGAUUUUGCAAAUAUAUUUAAGAA